CGCCGCGAGCCUCUGUCUCGCCUGGCCUCCGGGGCCGCCCCUGCGAGUCCCGGGCGCGUGAACACGCCUGCGCGCACCCGGGCCCUUCCUGGCAGGCUGCUUGUAAGAUGAGUGAAGAAGCAGGUGGGGGAGAGGGGAGGCAGCGAGCGAGAGGGCGAGGGGAGCGCGGGCGCUGAGCGGCGCUCACUUGGAGCGCGGCGAGCGAGCAAGACGAGCCUGAUUCCAUGUCCCCCGCUGCCUCCCUGCCAGGCGCGCGAAGAUGAUGGCCAUGAACGCCAAGCAGCCUUUCGGCAUGCACCCGGUGCUGCAAGAGCCCAAAUUCUCCAGCCUGCACUCCGGCUCCGAGGCCAUGCGCCGAGUCUGUCUCCCAGCCCCGCAGCUGCAGGGUAAUAUAUUUGGAAGCUUUGAUGAGAGCCUGCUGGCACGCGCCGAGGCUCUGGCGGCGGUGGAUAUCGUCUCCCACGGCAAGAACCAUCCGUUCAAGCCCGACGCCACCUACCAUACCAUGAGCAGCGUGCCCUGCACGUCCACUUCGUCCACCGUGCCCAUCUCCCACCCGGCGGCGCUCACCUCGCACCCGCACCACGCCGUGCACCAGGGCCUCGAAGGCGACCUGCUGGAGCACAUCUCGCCCACGCUCAGCGUGAGCGGCCUAGGCGGCCCGGAGCACUCGGUGAUGCCCGCACAGAUCCACCCGCACCACUUGGGCGCCAUGGGCCACCUGCACCAAGCCAUGGGCAUGAGUCACCCGCACGCGGUGGCGCCGCACAGCGCCAUGCCCGCGUGCCUCAGCGACGUGGAGUCAGACCCGCGCGAGCUCGAGGCCUUCGCCGAGCGCUUCAAGCAGCGGCGCAUCAAGCUGGGGGUGACCCAGGCGGACGUGGGCGCGGCUCUAGCCAAUCUCAAGAUCCCCGGCGUGGGCUCGCUCAGCCAGAGCACCAUCUGCAGGUUCGAGUCUCUCACUCUCUCGCACAACAACAUGAUCGCGCUCAAGCCGGUGCUGCAGGCCUGGCUGGAGGAGGCCGAGGCCGCCUACCGAGAGAAGAACAGCAAGCCUGAGCUCUUCAACGGCAGUGAGCGGAAGCGCAAACGCACGUCCAUUGCUGCACCCGAGAAGCGCUCGCUCGAGGCUUAUUUCGCCAUCCAGCCCCGACCCUCAUCCGAGAAGAUCGCAGCCAUCGCCGAGAAACUGGACCUUAAAAAGAACGUGGUGAGGGUCUGGUUCUGCAACCAGAGACAGAAACAGAAACGAAUGAAGUAUUCGGCUGUCCACUGACUGCGGCGGGGCGCAGCGGCCGGGGCCUGGAGAGCCUGAGGCGUCCACCCCCACCCCCCAUGGGGGAGCCGGUUACCGGGAACUCCGCGGCGUUCCCUGGCAGGUCAGGCAUUCUCCCCCGAAGCCACAGACAUUCCCCUUGAUUCCGCCCGGUCGCCUCCCGGCCUUCUCUUCCUUCCUUUCUUUUUCUUUCUAUUCCCACCAAGAAAAGUUUUGUCGCUAGAAAAAGAAAAAAAUAAAAAAUUCAAGGGCGGGCCUGGAGGGACGAGCGCUAUCCGCGGUGCUGAAACUCGCCUGGCGCGACCUCGGGGCUGGAGCCCCCAAGCAGAUAGUGAAUCGGCCCCAGUGCCGGAAGCCGGGGUUUUCAAAGCGCCACUUUGCUGAGCGCGGUUAGGUAAAGGGUGAAGGGAUGGAAAGCAAGUGACGGAUAUAUAAUAACAGAAAGUCUAGGAGAUCCAAGUGGGACACGAACACGUAUGGAGAGGCAUUAGAGUUUAUAAAAAUACACAUUAUCUUUCCAAAGGAUAGCCUUAUAUACUUCCACCCUCGCCUGAAUUUUAUCCAUCUUAUCCUUUGGUUUACCGAAAGUUCUCGUGAAGUAGUAUGGAUUUAGGUUCAGGGAAAUCUGCGGGGAGUGUUGAGCUCCGAGCUGUUGUUCUCCGCGGUAACCAGGGCUCCGGAAAACGUGGGCCCAGUCCAGCGAGUGAAAACGCUGGGAUCCUUGGCCAUUUGCAAGCAGCAGUCAGCAGCAGCUCUGGCCACCUCCACGAUCUGCUGGCGUUUGCGAGGUAACUGACUGCGGGAGAGCCAGGGUUGGUAUGCAGCGGACCCAGCUCGCGCGGGGCAUUUGCGGGCGACCAGCUCUGCGCGGAGGCCGCUGCUCCAAAGUCACUGUACUUCUCCCAGUCAUAUGCAAGUCCUUCCACACAUCUAAUCUUGCGCUUUUAUUAUCGUUUUUGCUAGCGUCGUUAAUUCCUUUUAUUUAUUUAACUCAGCUGCUUUAUGUGAAUGUCACUCCGUGGAGACUGACCUAUAGUUUUGCCUGGGGAAGGGGAGCAGGGGUGGGGGUUUAUAUCAUCCCACCUCGGCCCCUCUUGCCCCAUCAUAUUUUCUGUUUUCGUUGCUUCAUGAAGUUUGCGCGUUGCUGUGUGAUCUUUGAUUUCCAUCCUCCAAAUAGAUACAAAUAAAAUGCUAAGUUUUCUUCUCCCU